UGUUUCUGGAAAUGGACCAGCAUACAAAACCCCCAGGGUAGCCAUAGAAAAGCAACUCCAGCAAGGAAUUUUCCCAGUUAAAAAUGGCAGAAAGGUAUCAUGCAUGAAGAGUACUCUUCUCCUUAAAGGGAAAAACCUCGCCAGGAGCAGUUCCGAUAAACAGCGGUCUACCAUGCCAAAUCGACACACGUUACAAACAGACAGACUUUAUUUGUUUGGGAAUCGGGUACCACAAACAUCUUCAGAUAUCGGUAAUGCAAAUCACAGAACAGGCGUAUCAUUUUCUUUUUCCAAAAAAGUGCAUGUAAAAUUAGAGUCUUCCGCAUCAGUUUUCAAAACUAGAAAUAUGUUGAAGAACCCUUCAGAAAACUGCGUUAAUCACACAUGCCAAGCAAAUGCUUCCUCCAGCCCACCAACCAUUCCCAAGCACUGCGAUGCCAGGAUAUUUGAGUGCCUGGAUGGGUUUCCAUCACUAGAGCCAAGUGAGCGAAACAGCCCAGUGUGUCUGAAUUCCAACUCCAGAAUGGAGAAGAGAGAAAAAUCUUUAGAGGAAACUGAAAGAGUUAGCAAAAAUAUGCAAAGGCUUAUAAGAGAAGCAUGUCCCCAUGAUGUGAAAUCUAAACCGUUGCCUUUUCUCCAUGUACAAAGCAAGGAUGGCCAUACCACUCUCCAAUGGCCAACAGAACUUCUGCUCUUUACAAAAACAGAACCCUGCAUCUCUUAUGGCUGCAACCCAUUAUAUUUUGAUUUUAAGCUUUCUCGCAAUACAAAGGAUGGCCAUGAUCCAGAGGACUUUAAAACAGAAUUGAUUAAGGAGCCCUUAGAAAUGAAGACUAAAAUAGAGAGCCAAGUCUCAGGUUUAAUCAAAGACCAACAAAAAUUGAUCCAAGAAGAUAAUCCAUCUCUGAAACCAAAGAUGAUGAUAGCGAAUCCGGAUUGGGAAAAUUUUCAGAGAAAAUAUAAUUUGGGCUACAGUGAUUCUGAGCCAGAUAUGAAUAAGCAUAAUUUUAGUGCAAGUGAUUUGGACACAAAAAGUCCUGAAGUGCCUGCUUACCUUGAUAUCUCUCUGAAGAAUUGUGUAGGAAUCAAUAGUAAUAGUGAUCAUGAACUCAAGGAAUCUUCAAGGGCCCAUUGGCAAAGCUGCCAAAGGGUGGUUCUAAAUGAUGCAAAUGAGGACCUAUCAUUUACUCCUUACAUCACUAGAACUAAAAAGCAUAAACUGAUUUCCUGUGGUUCUCAUUCAGAUUUUGAAGAUGGGCAUCAGUUCACCUGGAAUUCUCACCCUUAUACUGUAAGGGGUCACAAUGACCCUGGGAAGAACUUCAGUGUGAUUUUAAAUAGUAGCCACAUCAGCAUGACUGGAAGGGUUUCUACAUGCAGAAACCGAGGUUACAAACGAAGUUCCCCAAAGUUGUCUCUAAACAGACAUUCUAGCCCUUCAGACACAUCCCCUGACAGUACAUCCAGCUUGAGAAGUGCUUGCUCAAGUCAUAGGUCCAGUGGUAAUGGCAGAGACAGUUUGCUCUGCUUUUGUAAAAGAGAAUGCAAGUCAGUUAAAAGGCACAAAGGGAAACACAGAAAGCACAGCUGCCUUUGCUUGUCUGGUGAGAUAGCAAAGAGUGACUGCCUGCAGCCUGAAUCACAGACAGAUAGAAACUGCAAAUUGUGGGAAUCUCUUAAAAAUGAAAAAUACUCAAAACAUAGAUAUGGUCACUGCAAAGAGAGAUAUAAACAGGGCAAAAAUCAACAACAAUUUUCAGUGCCAAAAUCCGGGACAAUCACCCAUUGUGAUACUAGCUCACAGGUUUCCUGUGCUGGGAACAGUGGAAAACCACCUAAUUGUCAGGGGCCUCAGCACAGCAGACUGGGCUCUUACCCAAGAGACAGAACUUAUUACCUAAAUAAAAGUGAAAGAAGCCAACAGUCAUUGCAUAGCCCUCACAUUUGUGAUCUGGAAAAAGUAAAACCCAUGCCGUGUGACUCUGGGAAUAUCAGCUGUCUUCUAAGGAAUUGUUCCAGCCACCCUUCAGAAACCGCAGAAUCGAACAUUACACAAGGAAAGAAGACCUCCCUGACAGCCAAAUGCCUUUUAGAAAGAGUUCAAGCCAAGAAGUGUCAGGAACAAUCAACUAAUUUUGAGGUCUCUUCAAACAGUUGUAAAAAUGAAUCAGAAGCUCAUUCACAGAUCCAAUGCACAAUUCAACUUAAACCACCAGGCUGUAAUAGAUCAGCAUUGCCUUUGUCUGAAAAAAUACAGAACACAAGUAAAAGAAGAGAUGAUAAAGGCAGUGCAGUUCAAAGAACUAUUGAGAAAGACAAAGUCAACAGUUCACAGAAAAAUAAUUUUACUGCUUUCGUAGACACUGAUUGUGAUAACCAUCUUUCUAAAGGUAUAAUUCACAUAGCAGCAGACUCUCAGUCACCAAACAUUAAAAAGAGCCCAGCAACAAAAGAACAAUCAAAACCUUUAAUGAGUGAAGCCCAACCUUUUAUUCAAAGCUGUGACCCAGUACCAAAUGAUUUUCCUGGUGCGUUUACAUCUAAUAGAUACACUGGUGUUACUGACUCAACAGAGACCAAAGAGGACCAAAUAAACCGAAACUUACAAGAUGUAAGCAUGCAUGUGAAUCACGUAGAGGGGAAUAUAAACUCUUACCAUGACAGAACUAUGCAGAAGCAUGACAAAGUAGCAGAUGAAUUUGAAUUGUGUCAUAAAUCUCUCUCUCCCCCUUUAAUUCAACAGCCAAUAACAUUUUCUCCUGAUGAAAUAGAUAAAUAUAAGCUCCUACAGCUCCAAGCCCAGCAGCAUAUGCAGAAACAGCUCCUAUCAAAGCAUCUCCGAGUGUUGCCUGCUCCAGGGCCGACUACCUUCUCUGCAGCCUCAGCCGUGCAGACAGUCCCAGUUCACCAGCAUACUUCUUUCACCACCAUCCACCAUACGUUCCUGCAGCAUUUUGCCGUUUCUGCUUCCAUAAAUUCCCAGAGCAAUCACCUCCCUCUAGCUCGUCUACAUGCUCUUUCACAGCCACAUUUUGCUCCAUUCACAUUUUCACCUCUGACUCCAACUAUCAUCCCUGCACACCCCACUUUCAUAGCAGGUCACCCCCUGCAUUUAGUCACUGCUACCCCCUUCCACCCAUCUCACAUAACACUUCAGCCACUGCCCCCCACAGCGUUUAUCCCCACAUUGUUUGGCCCUCACUUAAACUCAGCCGCAACUUCUAUCAUCCACUUGAAUCCAUUAAUUCAACCGGUGUUUCAAAGUCAAGAUCUUUGCCAUCAGUCUUGCUCCAGUCAGAUGCAACAGUUAAAUGGAGUUAAAGAGGCCUUAAAUGUGUCAGCACAUUUGAAUUAAUAAAUGUGAAAGUCCCUCUUAUGGAUUAA